CUCCGAUACUCCAAACCUUCGCGUCUUAGCAUUUUCCUUGUCUCGCCGCUAGGAAAACAAACUCGCAUCUUGCAACUCUUGUCCCAAACCCUCCCCGCUCCGGACAGACCUUCACCAUGGCCGAGUUCGUCCGCGCCCAGAUCUUUGGCACCACAUUCGAGAUCACCUCGAGGUACUCGGAUCUCCAGCCUGUUGGCAUGGGAGCUUUUGGCCUCGUCUGUUCUGCCCGAGAUCAGCUUACCAGCCAAAAUGUCGCCGUCAAGAAGAUCAUGAAGCCCUUCAGCACUCCGGUGCUCGCCAAGCGCACAUACCGUGAGCUCAAGCUGCUCAAGCACCUCAAGCACGAAAACGUCAUCUCACUCAGCGAUAUCUUCAUUUCCCCUCUCGAGGACAUCUAUUUCGUCACAGAGCUUCUCGGCACUGAUCUUCACCGAUUAUUGACUUCGCGCCCCCUCGAGAAACAGUUUAUCCAGUACUUUCUCUACCAGAUCAUGCGAGGCCUCAAGUACGUGCAUUCGGCCGGCGUCGUCCACCGCGAUCUCAAGCCCAGCAACAUCCUCGUCAACGAGAACUGCGAUCUCAAGAUUUGCGACUUUGGCCUCGCCCGAAUCCAGGACCCUCAGAUGACGGGUUACGUUUCCACCCGAUACUACCGAGCCCCCGAGAUCAUGCUCACCUGGCAAAAAUACGACGUCGAGGUUGAUAUCUGGAGCGCUGGAUGCAUCUUUGCCGAGAUGCUCGAGGGCAAGCCUCUGUUCCCUGGAAAGGACCACGUCAACCAAUUCUCCAUCAUCACCGAGCUGCUGGGCACUCCCCCUGAUGAUGUUAUCAACACUAUUGCUAGCGAGAACACUCUACGAUUCGUCAAGUCUCUGCCCAAGCGCGAGCGACAGCCUCUUCGAAACAAGUUCAAGAACGCCGACGAUUCAGCCAUCGAUCUCCUUGAGCGCAUGCUUGUCUUUGAUCCUAAGAAGCGGAUAACGGCCACUGAGGCCCUCGCCCACGAUUACCUUGCUCCCUACCACGACCCCACCGAUGAGCCCGUGGCCGAGGAGAAGUUUGACUGGAGCUUCAACGAUGCUGACCUGCCCGUUGAUACAUGGAAGAUCAUGAUGUACUCGGAGAUACUCGACUAUCAUAACGUGGAAGCCGGGGUCACCAACAUGGAGGAGCAGCAGUUCAACGGACAAUAGACGAGACAUUGUUAAUAAGGAGGAAGAUGCUACGAGUGCAGUGCAGUGCAGUGCAUGCAUGCAUGCAUGCAAAUACAUUGGAGGAGGAGCAGACCAUGUCGCAAUGCCGAUGAUACCACGAAAUUCAACAAGGACGCCCAUAAACCCACACUACCUACCUAUCUACACUCGCAUCCCGUGCCUAUAUGAAAAACUCAAGAACAAGAGGGAGCAAAAAAAAAAAAAAAAAACAAGCAAACAAGAAUACGCGUGGGGGGAAGGGAAGUUUUAUCUGACUUACUCGAGAAAACAAAACAUUCAAGGCAUGAGCAAAGAGACAAACAACACAACACACGAACGCACGUAUGGCGUUGAGGAGACUUUGGGAAUCGGCGGGAGGUUUAGGCAAGGGGGGGUUCUUUUUUAUAUAACAACUGGUUUUUUUUUGGUUUUUUUUUUUCUACUCUUGUCUGUUUUUUCCCCCGCAACAUAUAUGAAGUUUUUCUCGAAUCGCUGAGACACAGCGGGACAUGAAAAUAUACGACGCAUGUGGGUUUUUUGUUUUCGAGUAUUGGAUUUGUUUGGUUGCUUUUUCUUGAUGCCUUUUUAUAGAACUUGUGAAUGACAUCCAUUGCUAAAUGGUUUUAAACCGAUACUCUACAAGCGAGCAUCACGGUCGAUAUGUUUAUAGAAUGGUAAGAAUCAUGAUGGAUGUUUUAAACUG